AUGGAAUUCCAAGACUGUUGGGGAACGCAAAGUGAAGGAUUUGCAGAAGGAACAUCCUUGAUUACCAUAAUGAGUUUACAUGUGUUGUGCCUCACCUUUUCCUACCCACCAACUCCAACUCGUGUUAAGCCUGAAUCACCCAAGAAUCUGCAGCUCCCUAACAACAAAGAUUCAGACAAGGUGUUGGUAGCCUGUGAACUCCAUGAAGGAAAGAAUAAUGCCUGUCUCAGUUACAGCUCUGAGCACAGUGUGUGGCUGCACAGAUCAGAGGCACAGAAAUUCUGGAAUUUCCACUGUUUGGAUGUCUCUAUGCAGAAUUCUCUCCAGUAUGUGAUAGAAGCCACAGUAGAAUUUUCAGCCAAGGAAGGACUUGACUUCACCAGUAAAUCUAUUCCCAACAAACCGCUGGUGGGACCUGUUGGAAAUUUGGAACUUCAAGGGCUACCACUUAGCUCCCAGGUGUCUUAA